AUGCGGCGUCUACGGAUAUAGGUCUCUGGCCCCGCCCCCCGCGGUAAUCACAGGUGGAUAAGCUGGACGAACCGGGCAGGUUUGGUUCCGGGAACUCCGGAUCGGACCGUGUACUACAGGACCUACAGGGCAGAACCGGACCUGGACCGGGGUCUCUGGUCAGUCCGGGACGAUCCGGGACCAGUUUGACCCGGAAAUAGCAGCUAGAACAGAGAGAGAGACGCGCCGGGAGGGAGGUUUGGUGUCCAGCUCUGGUGUCCCCCAUGCUCAGGUAGACCCCCCCCCCCCUGACAUGCUGAGGCGUCUGGACAGGAUCCGGUUCCGGGGACAGCGGAGGGACGAGUCCCCGGAUCUGCCGGACCGGGACAUCUCCGACCUGGAGAGCAGCGAAGAGGAGACGAAGACGUUGGUCAGAGAGGAGGCGGGGCUAAGGGACAUGGAGGCGGAGCAACAGAGCCACGCCCAGGCGGGUCCAGGAUCCCUCUCUGCAGCUCUCCAGGAGGAUUCCCGGACGGACCUGAACGAAAUCAAAGGUCACCUGGAGGUCGCCUUGUUGGAGAAACACUUCUUACAGGAGGAGCUGAGGAAACUCCGAGAGGAGUCCGACGUGGAAUCAUUGAGACUGGAGCUGGAGAAGGAGCGCUGCAGACGCCUGGAGCUGGAGCAGAAGGUCCCUCAGGGAGAACCCCUCAGGUCCAGACCUGAGGACUCCCCGUCUCCGACCCCUAAAGUCCAGCCGUCUCCUGCUGCCAGCAGCAGCUCAGACGCCCAGAAGGAGACUCUGUCCAGCAGCUUCCUGAGACGGCUUUAUGAGAGCUACAGCUUCUACAUCGAAGACUUCCGCUUCCAGCCGGAGGAGACGGCGGUGGAGACGGAGGAGCCGCUGAGCGCCAGGAGGUUGACUGAAAACAUGAGAAGACUCAAACGGGCCUUCAGACCAUUGAGAAGCUUCAGGAGGAACCUGCUCGCCCUGUCGGGCUGGAGCUCCUUCUACACCUCCGCCAUCGCCUUCAUGGUCUACAUGUACGCAGCGUGGCACGGCUGGACCGUCCCCGUCUUCCUGUUCCUCGCCAUCCUCCGCCUCUCCCUGAACUACCUCAUCUCCAGAGGCUGGAGGAUCCAGUGGAGCAUCGUCCCAGAUGUGUCUGAGCCAGAGGAACCCUCUAGAGAAGACCUGACGGUGUCGGAGAAGUUCCAGCUGGUCCUGGAUGUGGCUCAGAGAGCUCAGAACCUGUUCGGGAAGAUGGCCGACGUCCUGGAGAAGAUCAAGAACCUGUUCAUGUGGGUCCGUCCAGAACUGACCCAGAAGCUGUACCUGGGUCUGGUCGUGGCCUUCGUGUCCUCGUGUCUGCUGCCCUACCAGCUGCUGGGACUCACCAUCGCCCUCUACGCAGGUGUCAAGUUCUUUGUGGUCGACUACGUCUUCAGGAGUUGCCCCAAGCUGAGGCGGCGCUACGACACCCCCUUCAUCAUCUGGACCGGUCUGCCCACGGACCUGCAGCUGAAGGACCGGACCGGCACCGGCCUGAGCAGACGGCUGUCUGAGUGUGAACAGGUUCCCACGGCCCUGAGUCGGACCGGGCUCUCCGGGCCGGCGCCGCCCGGGACCGGCCGGGACGAGGAGGGGGGGCGCACCUACAGCACCCGGAGGGGGGUGUUCCACCAGGUUUUCAGCCUGCCUGAGAGCGAGCGCCCCCUAGCAGGGUGUGAGGGCGGCUGGAGGUGCUGCCUCAUCAACCGAGACCGGAGGACGCCCAAGGAAUACAUCCGCCACGGGAUCCUGUACGCCACAGAGAAUCACCUGUGCUUCGAGAGCUCCAUCUCCAGGUCGGGUUCCUCCAAGAGGACCAAGGUGAUCCGGCUGAGCGACAUCACGGACGUCCAGAAGUACAAGGUUCUGUCGGUGCUGCCGGGAUCCGGGAUGGGCAUCUCCGUGACAACGCCUGACACCCUGAAGCCGAUGGUGUUUGGAGCCAUGAUCCACCGAGACGAAGCCUUCGAGGCCAUCUCCUCCCAGCACUCCAGAGUGGUUGCCACGGCGACGGCCCCCAGCCCAGAGGCCUAGUCCUCGGCUCAGCAUCAGCGGAUCUGGUUCUUGUCCAGCAUCAGGGGAUCUGGUUCUGGUCCAGCAUCAGCAGAUCUGGUUCUGGUCCAGCAUCAGUGGAUCUGGUUCUGGUCCAGCAUCAGGGGAUCUGGUUCUGGUCCAGCAUCAGUGGAUCUGGUUCUGGUCCAGCAUCAGUGGAUCUGGUUCUGGUCCAGCAUCAGUGGAUCUGGUUCUGGUCCAGCAUCAGCAGAUCUGGUUCUGGUCCAGCAUCAGUGGAUCUGGUUCUGAUCCAGCAUCAGUGGAUCUGGUUCUGGUCCAGCAUCAGUGGAUCUGGUUCUGAUCCAGCAUCAGUGGAUCUGGUUCUGGUCCAGCAUCAGCGGAUCUGGUUCUGGUCCAGUAUCAGUGGAUCUGGUUCUGAUCCAGCAUCAAUGGAUCUGGUUCUGGUCCAGCAUCAGCGGAUCUGGUUCUGGUCCAGCAUCAGGGGACCUGGUUCUGGUCCAGCAUCAGCGGAUCUGGUUCUGGUCCAGCAUCAGGGGAUCUGGUUCUGGUCCAGCAUCAGCGGAUCUGGUUCUGGUCCAGCAUCAGCGGAUCUGGUUCUGGUCCAGCAUCAGGGGAUCUGGUUCUGGUCCAGCAUCAGGGGACCUGGUUCUGGUCCAGCAUCAGCGGAUCUGGUUCUGGUCCAGCAUCAGGGGAUCUGGUUCUGGUCCAGCAUCAGGGGAUCUGGUUCUGGUCCAGCAUCAGUGGAUCUGGUUCUGGUCCAGCAUCAGGGGAUCUGGUUCUGGUCCAGCAUCAGCAGAUCUGGUUCUGGUCCAGCAUCAGCGGAUCUGGUUCUGGUCCAGCAUCAGUGGAUCUGGUUCUGGUCCAGUAUCAGUGGAUCUGGUUCUGAUCCAGCAUCAGUGGAUCUGGUUCUGGUCCAGCAUCAGCGGAUCUGGUUCUGGUCCAGUAUCAGUGGAUCUGGUUCUGAUCCAGCAUCAGUGGAUCUGGUUCUGGUCCAGCAUCAGGGGAUCUGGUUCUGGUCCAGCAUCAGCGGAUCUGGUUCUGGUCCAGUAUCAGUGGAUCUGGUUCUGAUCCAGCAUCAGUGGAUCUGGUUCUGGUCCAGCAUCAGCGGAUCUGGUUCUGGUCCAGUAUCAGUGGAUCUGGUUCUGAUCCAGCAUCAGUGGAUCUGGUUCUGGUCCAGCAUCAGGGGAUCUGGUUCUGGUCCAGCAUCAGCGGAUCUGGUUCUGGUCCAGUAUCAGUGGAUCUGGUUCUGAUCCAGCAUCAGUGGAUCUGGUUCUGGUCCAGCAUCAGGGAUCUGGUUCUGGUCCAGCAUAAGUGGAUCUGGUUCUGGUCCAGUAUCAGUGGAGCUGGUUCUGGUCCAGCAUCAGGGGAUCUGGUUCUGGUCCAGCAUCAGUGGAUCUGGUUCUGGUCCAGCAUCAGUGGAUCUGGUUCUGGUCCAGCAUCAGUUUAUCAGUUCCACUUUAAAACCGCGUUGCCUCUUUAAUCGAUUCACUGCCUUCUUUUAAACUUUCACUGUCUGUGAUUUUGGUUCUGGGUUUUAUCAGUUUCAAGUAAUAAUAAUAAUAAUGACUUGGAUUUAUAUAGCACCCUUCAAGGCACCCAGAGCGCUUUACAGAAAUCAUUAUUCAUUCAUACCACCAAGUGUUGAGAACUAAUCAGUUGUUUUUUAUUUAGUCUCAUUUAAUUGUUUUAUUCCCUGGUGUUUAAUAGGUUUAAUGCUCUGAAUCUGUUUAAGUGUGAAAUACGUCAUUUUUAAUGUCAUUAAAACCAGAAUCCUCCUCA